UCUCUCUCUCUCUCUCUCUCUCUCUCUGUCUUUCUCGCUCUCUCUCUGUCCCUCUCUCUCCUUUGUCUCUGUUUCUAUCUGUAUCUCUCUCUCUCCCUUGUCUCUCUCUCUCCCUUCUCUCUCUCUCUCUCUCUCUCUCUCUGUCUGUAGGUACUAUCCCCCCUCCUCUCCUGUAUGGAGCGCGCUGAGCUCUCCUCCUCCUCCUCCUCUAGCUCUGAAGUCGUCAUGCAGAAGAAAAGCGCAGCCUCCAGCCGCGCGCAGAGCCGCGUGGACGACUCCGGCACGCGCGCCUCCAACCACGCCGCCACGGAGGAGGCGGAGGACGGGGAGGGAGAGGCCAAGCUUCAGCCCGCGAGGCUUAAGCGCGGAGGCGGCGGCGGCGGAGGAGGAGGAAGCAUCCGGAUGAAAAACUUUAGCGCUGCGGAGAGGAAGGAGCAGCCGGCGCGGGCCGGUGAUGCUCCGGGACGAAACGAAGCAGACGACGGCGGAGGAGGAGGAGGAAGAAUGACAACAACACCAACUUCAUCCGUGACGCCUGAAGUGCCAACAAACGAAGCACCGGCGCCGUCCGGCGGCACCAAGUGCAACAAGAACGGCGAAUGCCGGCGGGACUCCGGCACCAGCAGCCUCCGCUCCAUCAUGUCCAGACAGGACGGUGGACCCAGGCGCGCCGCCUGCAACUCCACCGCCAGCGCGGACGGACCCGGCACGCCCGCCGGAGACCGAGACCACCAGGACAAGCGGGAUCCGCGCGUGUCCUUCUCCAACGCGCCCAGUCGCAAGGCGUCCUCGGCGGCGCACGGCGGGCAGCAGCCGCGCAGCUCCGUCACCUUCCUCAAGUCUGAGGACGGGGUGCAGGCGGCGCCGGCUGCCGGGACCGAGGAUGGCGAGGCGCGGGGCAGCCAGGCCAGCUUCAUGCAGAGGCAGUUUGGGAGCAUGCUGCAGCCGGGGGUCAACAAGUUCUCCCUGCGCAUGUACGGCAGCCAGAAAGCGGUGGAGAGGGAGCAGGAGCGCGUGAAGAGCGCGGGGAACUGGAUUAUUCACCCGUACAGCGACUUCAGGUUCUACUGGGAUUUCACAAUGCUGCUCUUCAUGGUGGGCAACUUGAUCAUCAUCCCAGUGGGCAUCACGUUCUUCAAAGAUGAGACCACCACGCCUUGGAUCAUCUUCAACGUGGUCUCGGACACUUUCUUCCUCAUGGACCUGGUGCUCAACUUCCGCACAGGCAUCAUCAUUGAGGAGAGCUCGGACAUCAUCCUGGACCCCAAGACUAUCAAGAAGAAGUAUUUGAAGACCUGGUUCAUAGUGGAUUUUGUCUCGUCCAUCCCAGUGGAUUACAUCUUCCUGAUCGUGGAAAAGGGAAUAGACUCGGAGGUGUAUAAGACGGCGCGGGCUCUGCGGAUCGUACGAUUCACCAAGAUCCUCAGUUUGUUGAGGCUGCUGAGGCUCUCCAGGCUCAUCCGUUACAUCCACCAAUGGGAGGAGAUUUUUCAUAUGACCUACGACCUGGCGAGUGCUGUGAUGCGGAUCUUCAACCUGAUCGCCAUGAUGCUGCUGCUGUGCCACUGGGACGGCUGCCUGCAGUUCCUGGUGCCCAUGCUGCAGGAUUUCCCCUCCGACUGCUGGGUUUCCCUCAACAAGAUGGUGAAUGACACUUGGAGUGAGCUGUACUCGUUUGCUGUGUUUAAGGCCAUGAGUCACAUGCUGUGUAUAGGUUACGGUCGGCAGGCCCCAGAGAGUCUGUCCGAUAUUUGGUUGACCAUGCUCAGCAUGAUCGUGGGAGCCACCUGCUAUGCGGUCUUCAUCGGCCACGCCACUGCCCUCAUCCAAUCACUGGACUCUUCACGACGCCAGUACCAGGAGAAGUAUAAACAAGUGGAGCAGUACAUGUCCUUUCACAAACUUCCGGCAGACUUCCGACAAAAAAUCCAUGAUUACUAUGAGCAUCGCUACCAGGGCAAGAUGUUUGAUGAGGAGAGCAUCCUGGAGGAGCUGAAUGAGCCGCUCAGAGAGGAAAUCGUGAACUUCAAUUGCCGGAAGCUGGUGGCCUCCAUGCCUCUGUUCGCCAACGCCGAGCCCAACUUUGUGACAGCCAUGCUGACUAAGCUCCGCUUUGAGGUCUUUCAGCCCAGAGAUUACAUCAUCCGCGAGGGCACCAUCGGCAAGAAGAUGUACUUCAUCCAGCACGGCGUGGUCAACGUCCUCACCAAAGGAACCUUAGGGAUGAAGCUUUCGGACGGCUCUUAUUUCGGAGAAAUCUGUUUGUUGACACGAGGUCGCAGAACAGCGAGCGUUCAGGCGGAGACAUACUGCCGCCUGUACUCGCUCUCGGUGGACCACUUCAACGAGGUGCUAGAGGAGUACCCCAUGAUGAGGAGAGCCUUCGAGACUGUUGCCAUCGACAGGCUUGACCGCUUGGGUAAGAAGAACUCCAUCCUGAUGCACAAAGUACAGCACGACCUCAACUCGGGUGUCUUCAACAACCAGGAGAACGAGAUGAUCCAGGAGAUCGUCAAGUACGACCGCGAGAUGGUAAAGCUGGUGGACUUCCAACGUCCACGAGCAAUGUCCAUGACACCUUCCAUCCCUGGAGGUAUCUUUGCCCCUCCGGGCCAAUCCCAGGGUGCCUCUGCCAUUGCCACUCUCCAGCAAGCAGUGGCCAUGAGCUUCUGCCCCCAGAUGGCCAGCCCUUUGGUGGGGCAGGGCAUGCUGCAGUCGCCUCGAAUGGUGCGUCGCUUCCAGGUUAUCCAAAACCUUUCCAGCCCUGUGUCCAUCUCCCCCAUGCAGGUACAGACGCCUGGCCCGACUCCAGGGGGUGCCUACGCUUCUGCAGCUACUUCUAGCCCGCCCGUGCAGAGCCCGUUAGCAGCAAUGGGUGGACGGACAUUCCAGUACGGCUGUAGUCCCAUGGGAGGCCGCACAGGAUCUCAGCUGUCCCUCAUCCAGCAGCACGUGCCCAGUCCCACAAGAGCAUCCCCGCAAAAGAGUGCUCACUCCUUGCAGCAGGGGGGCAGCCUGAGCCAGGACGCCCGGGCUUUGUCUGCAUCCCAGCCUUCCCUUCCCCAGGAUGGCCUGACAACUGUGGGCCCUAGUCCACCACCAUCAACCCAUGUAUCCUCCACAUCCAUCGGACCACCACAAGUCCCUCACCCUGCCAUUCCUGGGCCUUCUGGAGUUAGGAGUGCCGUGCCUCAAAGAGUGGCACUGUCCCACCAGACACCAGCAGCAGGACCUGUAUUCCCGUCCACUCUGCCCCCUGCGGGUACCCCUCCAGUGGUCAGUGGAGCAGGAAUUGUAGGACAGGGUCAUCUCGACCCAAUAGUGCACAAGAAAGAUUCAAUAGUUAGCCUCCCCGAAACAGACUCUGCUAGAUCCCGGCUGUCUUCAAACCUCUGACCUGAACACUGGCAAUUCACGUUGUAAUGACAGCACGAUUGUGAGUCACAAUGAAUUCUGUUCCCCUGAGUUCUGUAAGUGAGGUUUUCCCGUACUCUAGCGAGAACCUCUGCUAGAGGGGGAGUGGAAUUGACGACAGGGACCAAAGGGGAAGUAAUCAGACCUAAACUUAUUACUGCUAGAUAUAACAUUGCUACUGUAACUAGAUUGAAGCGGGUGGGAUGUUUCUAGCCGGCGCCGCUCGUGUAGUUAGUCACUUUCGCAUUCAGCUACUAAUGUCCCCUUGCUUUCUUUGUUACGAAGAGGGUUGAGGAGGAAAUUCUGUUGUGUGUUACUGUUGCAUACUCUGUAGAGUCCAUACAAUGCAAUCUGGCCUGAGCUGGGACUUAAGUUUCAAAAAAAAAAAAAAAAAGAAAAAUCAGGGACUUGCAUCAGAUGACAAUGAUGAAAUUUUAUGCUUUGCAAAAGUGUUUUGAGUGUCCUUUUUUCUGUAUAAGCUAUAAUUGUAGCAAACUAAUUAACUGUCCAUAUUCUUGUAAAAUAUCAAUGAAAAAUAGUAUUAUAGACCGCUGGUCGAUCUUACAUCAAUAUGUAAAUAGGAUAAACGAGAAAAAAAAACAGAAAAGAGACAGUAAAUAUCUUCAUUGUAUCUACUCAAAAACCAAAGUUGAGCUUGAACACAAAGUUUGGUUGUGUCUGUGUCAACUGAGAAAAACAAGUCAAACAGAAUCGCCAUUUAUUUAACUGCCUUGAUUCCGAGUUUAGAAGCCAUAUACAUGGUUUGUGUGUGUCUGUUGUGUGGGAGAGCAGGAGCAUGGAGGCCUGUUAUUUAUUCAUUGAUCUGUUUUCUCAAGAGAGCGCAAAGCCACUGUAGUGAAACACCUAUAUUUUUUUCUGUUUCUUUUUUUUUUUGUAAAGUGUUGUUUCGCUGGGCAUUUUUGAUGGAUCUGUUCACAAUGGCUAAAGGCAAUACUCUGCAGCCCCCCCGAAGCUGCACUAAUGAAGACCAAUGACUCUUCGUCAGUCACUGGUAGCAACAAAGAAAGAAGAACCAAAAGAAAAUAUGUCUGAAACAAGACUCAACUUGUGCUAUUUUCUAUUUUUUGAUCCACGUUGAUCAUUACAUGCAAUAUUAUACUGCAAUAUGCUAUAUCCUG